AGAACAGACAGAACCCGAAGAAGAAACAACAUGGCGACCACCAUGAAGCCUGAAGAUGAAUAAUGAGUGUAUUUGUUGAGUUUGGUGUCCGAUAGUCUCUAUAAAGUUCAUACGGACAACAUGGAUCAGACUCAGCAGCCUCCCGACUAUUAUGGUGGCUAUCAGCAAAUGCCGUACCCCGCUGACAGACCUCCGUACGCAGACGCAGCUCCAGCACCGACACACCUGGAUCCCGCUUCUUCUCAGUGGACCUCUCAACAGGGUCAUGACGGCCACAUGUCCGGAUUCAGGUACGACCUACCCCCGCCACAACUUGGGGGAGGAGGAGGAGGUUUCGGAGGACCUCACUUCCCUCCGCCUUUCGGGUUUGACCCCACAGUCCCCCCUCCGCCUUUCGGCUGUCCACCACCCGGACACUUCCCCAACAUGUUGCCCCCCAACCCGGUGAACCCCCCGAGCCACAGCCCGGGAGACUCGCCCUUUCACACAUUCAACCAACAGUACAGACCUGCUCCUCAGAGUGCUCGGUAUGACCCGGUCUCAAGCCAGAGUCCGCUGACUCCUUUGCGGAGUAAUAAUCCUGACCGGGCUCCAGGACCUCCGAGACGAGCAGAGGAUGAAGCCAGUCUUCAGAAGAGCCAGGACCAGCAGUGGAUCAGACGCUUCUUACAAAGUAGAGGCAAGACCUGCAGAGGUAUGCAGACCCAGCAGCCCGGGAGUGUCACAGACCUGCAGACCCAGCAGCCCAGAUGUGUUCCAGAGCUAAGGCGAGCUCUGUGCCGGGCGGCUCAGCUGGUCUCCCAGCUGGCUCAGACCUGUGAGUCUCUGAAAAGCUGCAUGAAGGAGGGCAGUGAUUGGACUCAGUCUUAUUCUGGGGCUCUGAAGCUGAAAGAGGAGCUGCAAGACUCACUGUCUGUCCUCAGUGACAGCCAGAGUUUAGCUCACUGGAAGACCAAACUGAGCCAGAUUGCUAAGAGGAGGUCCAGGAGGCAGAGGUCCAGGAGACUACUGCAGCUGGAGGAGGAGCAGAGAGAGGAGCGCAGUGCCGAGAAGGAGGCUACCAUAGACAGAUGGAGGCUGCUACAGAUCCAGCAAGUGGAGGAGAAGAAGAAGGUGAGCAAUGUUGGUCCAUCAGGGGGCAGAAGACCCCAAAGUUAAGCCGGGUCAUUCCAUGAAACCGGUGCCUUUUCAUCUAAGAAAAUUUAAACUAUAUUUGUUAAUUUUGAAGUACCCAGAAAUCAAAGAAUGUUUUAAAUGGCAGGAAAUUAUAUUGUGCUGUCUCAGGCUGUGUUAUUUCAUAUUUUAUAACUGUUUUUCUCCUGGCUGUUUUCAUAAUCUUGUCAACCCUGAUACCGACAUAAACUUUACAAAAUAGAAUAUUUCUAAUUAAAAAUAUGCAAUAUUAUUUGGUACAUAUAUUAGCAGUACUUAAGUCUCUCUGUCCAUUGAGAUUAUUUUAUUUUGUGGAUUUUUUUCUCCAAUUAGAUAUUUGUAAAAUGUACCCUAAUUUUGCAUGGCGAUCAUGUCUCAACAUAUAUCAGUUAUUUUUUAGAGGAGAAAUGUUGAAAAAUGGCCCAAUCUAUAAUAUAAUGUAAUUUAAAUUAUAAUGGUAAGUGUUGAAAGCCCAUUUGAGUUGUCAUUUUUUACAUUUUUGUCAAAUUAAUUACAACAACAGGAUUGAUGUUAUGGUAACAGGGCUGACAAGAGUAAAAGUAACUGGACACUCAGUAAGUGGCUCUCCACCGGCAUAUCCAUCAAUAAAAAAAUAAUUGUUAGCUCAAUAAUGUUCACUUGAUGACCUAAAAAUGUUUUAAUUUUAAAAGGUUAACCUUUAAAGAGAGAACAACAAGGGUAAACACUAUUCUAUGUCAUCCCUGUUACUCACAUAUCAAAUCCUGUUACUGUGGAAAGGUAACAGGGUUGAGAGUAACAGGGUUGACAGUAACAAGGUUGACCAUUUUAAGCUCAUCUGUCUUUGGCUAGCUUAAAUAAGUGCUAGCUAAAGUACAAGCUAGGUACUUUGAAAGGUCAUUACUUGUUGAUUAUAUUUUGAGAAAUAGAAAAUUGUUUAGGUUUAUAUGUUAAAAAGUGGUAACAGGGUUGACGUUGUAUGCUUGUCACCCCCGGUUAAACCUUGAAAAAACAUAAAAAAAAGCACAUCAGAAAUGAGAGAAACUUAAUUUUACAGAGCUGUUAGCAUCCUGACACAGAGAUGAUGCAACCUCCUGUUCAUCAUGUCAAAUCUGGAACGUACCAUUAUUUAUUUUAGGGUGUUUUAGUUAAACAGGGUUGACAUGAAAUCAGGGGACGCCAAUAAAUUGGUAAAUAUUUAUAAUGACUAAUAUACAUUAUUACCAAAAACACUGUUUAACAAUAAGAUCAUACUUAAAACAAUAUGUAAAUGUGAAAAUUGUAACAUUUUACAAAUUAAAAGUCCUGUAUACAUACAGCAAUAGUAGUGAGGGACAGGCUAAAAACCUCACCCUCAUCAGCAUAAAAGUAAUUUAUAUUAUUUAAAAUGAUUUUUAAUUGACUUUAAUUUAAUGUUAUAUUAAGGAGAGAAGUUUAAAUUACAUAUUAAUUUGCUGUUAUCAUGAUUUUAUGAAUGAUUGCUUCUUGGGGACGCAAAAGGCGCCGAUUUUAUGGAAUGACCCAGCCGUCCACAAAGACGUAGGAUCCACUCAUAUUUGUCGUGAUGAUGAUGAAGGUUGUGUUUGUUGUGUGUUUCAGGAGCAAGAAGUGAAACGUGCUGCAGAUUCUGUGCUCUGUGAGGUGAGGCGGAAACAGGUGGACGUAAAGAGAAUGCAAGAUGUGCUGAGAUCGGUGGAGAAGCUGCGCAAACUGAGGAAAGAAGCAGCGUCCAGGAAAGGUAAGAAACACACAUGCACAACACACACACACACACACACAAAGGAAUAUUUCAUACCUGUGUACAGAGUAAAAGAAAAAUAAAAUUUUCCCCUCCUGAUGUGUCUUCAAAAUAAACAGUGUCAACUACUAUUUCCUUUCGCAUUUGUUCUGUUCUUCUCUCUGUGUUCAUGGAUGAAUUUUUUACUUUUUUUUACUGCUUUGUGACAGCUGGUUGCAACACAAAUUGCCCUUCAUGGGGACAGUAAAGUUUACCAUGACCUUGAACUAAAACUUCCUCACUGUAGUUUUAAAGGUCAAGGUCAGUGCUUGUGUUAUACAAGGCUGCACAGAAACAUUGUAUUGGAUAACAAUCAAACUCAAUAUCACUGUUUCAAAAACACACAGUCACAUUUGUUGGUCAAACAUUAAUUGUAGAGAUAUGAGAGGAUUUUCCACUUUAAACCAGCAGACUUAGAAACAUGAAAAAGAUAAACAGAGGUGCUAAAAUCUUUGAUAUAUGAUAUAUAUGUGUGUGUGCUUGUGUGUGUGUGUGUGUUUCAGGUAUCGUCACAGAGCCCGAGUGUGAUGAUGCUUUCAGAGAGCGUGUGGAGCAUCUUAAGAGCGUGAUAAAACAGAGGACAGUGGUGUACUGUGCAGAGGAGAAGGCUCUGAGGGUGAUGCUGGAGGGGGAGCAGGAGGAGGAGAGGAGGAGGGAGCAGGAGAGGAAGUGGAGGAAGGAGAGAGAGAGACAGCUGCAGAGGAGGAACAGAGCACACGCCAUCCUGUUUGGAGGUAAAAAAAAACAACCAACUGAUCAAGAGAGGGGCGUGAUGUGGAUACCUGCACAGUACCUGAAUCAUGUGUGUGUGUGUGUGUGUUACAGAGGACCUUCCUGUUGACCAUGUGCUGCAGCCUUUCACACAGUUUUACACUCAGGCUGAGAGGAGUCUUCCUGCUCUGCUGCACAUCAGGUCCUUCUUUUGCUUCUCCUUAGAGCACAGCACAUUUGUCAAUUCACAUCCAUCAAUCAUCCUGCUAUUACUUCAAUUACAUUGAUAAUAAUAAUUUUUGUUUAUUUGUUUAUAGGAGAGAGUGGGACAUGUUUGUGGUGGAUCCUGAUCACCCUGGCAGCUCUCCUGUUCCCCAGACAUGGGUCAUACCUGAUACCCCCUCUGACCAGGUGUGGGCCUCCGCUCUGGAGACCGCAGACGCUGAUUGAUGUUAUCUUUAACACACCAACACAAACACAGACCCUGAGGGGAUGAGGUCACAUAAACUCUACAGGUGUGAGUUAGGAUGAACCCAGAGCAGCUUGAUGAUAACUUGAAACACUUCUCUCAGUCUAUGUGGAUAUUGGGCCAUAUCGAGCUAUGUGUCUGUGAGUCCGGUUUGCAGAUAUCUACCGAAGUUCUUUUUACAUAUUUUUCUGUUUGAUUUUUUUUUCUAUGAAUGUGCAGGAAACAUUAAAAUGAAGUCAAAUGCUUGAUAAAUAUUGUGUCUAUUAUUGUGUGUUUUUAAAGGAACAUUUCAGGUAUUUUCAGAUGUUAAUGUUGUAUCAGAGUUUAUUUCUGCAUGACGUCUGAGUCGACCAUCAGACUAUGACCUCCUCGAGGAGAGGAAGUCUGAGACAGUAUUUUAAACAUUUACUGUAAACAUCUUUAUUCUUCUGAGCAAGGGUCUGUCCAGGCUGUACUGGCCAUGGGGGCCACACUGGGGUCAUAUAGGGCUGUAUGGUCAGCUGGUGGUCAUGUGAAGUAAAAUCCUAACAUGGUGAGACAAGAUUCUGACCUCAAGUGAUUUUAUUUCACAUAAUCAAUAGCAGAUACUCCUGUUAUUACCUGACUAUCAACUAAAUUUAAAAACAAGUUGACAAAGAUAAUUGAUCUUAAGAUGGAUUUAGUGUUUAAAAAUGUUGAAUUCAUUUAUUUAGUUUAAAAGACAAUCCCUCCGUUUUGAUGACACUAUUAUUGUAUUUCAUGUUUUCAGCCCAUGGUUGCUUUGUGUCUGUUUUCUUUGGUCAUCAUCUCUUUCUGUGCUGUUUUCCCCUCUCUUUUUAUUUUUCCCGUAGGUUACUGGUCAGUGAUUGACCACAAGUCUGAAGUUUUUAGCCGCUCAAAUACAUUGAGAAUAAUGAUUUAAAAAAAUCCCUCCUGAUGUGUCUCUUAUAGCCAUCAGAAAAGUCAUGUUUGAUGUAUUGUCAACAUAGAGCAGUAAAAUCAGACUCUAGAUUUUCUAUAACUUUUAUUCUGUGGACUGAUUUUGUGUGGUAUCUAAUAUAAUCACAUCAUUAUUUUACAUGAUAUCCACAGUAUGGAAAUGUACAGAUGUACAGACUCUCGUGUAUAAUUUUCAAAAGUAACAACAGAGGUUAAGUAUAUAGUAAUCAUCAAAGAAGCAGACCUGUCCAAAGUCACAAUCAACUGCCUGUCUGUAAAUGAAUAAAAAAGCUAGACUCAGCAUUAACACUGGCCUCUAGUAAUGCUCAUACAGUUACAGUAUAAGGAUUUGGGGGUAGUACCUAGUGUGGGCUGGACUGACAUGUCUCCAACAG